AUGGUUGAUCCAGUAAAUUACAAUGGAGGCAUAUUCAGAUUUAUUCCAUUUGAAAAUAAAACCUGGAUUAUUGAUCUUCUACAAGAAAGUGUCGAAAAGCAAGAAGUUCAACUACUCAUCAGCCUACUCGUCGUAUCCUGUAUAUUCAGCAUACUGACAAUUAUAAAAGUAAUAUUUAUUCGUUGUACUGAGAAGCCUGCAUUGAGCAAUAAUUCUAUAAACUCAUCUGUAGCAUUACAUCCUUCCAAUGCAAUAGAAUUAACUAAAAGAAAUGAGUCAUAUUCAUGUAAAACAAAUUACAAAACUACAGAAAGUGAGUAUUUUUGUUUUAAUGAUACUUUAGAAUGGGAUGAUGACAUGUCACUGUUAAAUAGUCAAUACAAUAAAAUAAUAAACAACACAAGGCGGCAUUAUCAUCAGUUUGAAAAUAUUGAUAGUAAUAAUAAUAAUAGUAAUCAUAUAUUUGAACAUGUUUCACAAGGGAAGAGGUCAGUCUCUGAAGAAUUGUCGAAUACAAAAAAGUGUAGCAACAGAACAGAUCAACAAUAUUCCGGUUCUAGGGAUAUCUCUAAUAAUAAUAAUAAUAAAAGUUUGUCAGAUAAAACAACAUACAGAUUAGAAUUGUCUAAAUUUCAUAGAAAAUCUUUAAUCCAUCUAUCUGUCUAUUCUGCUCUGUUUGUUAUGUGUUUUAUUGGAUUCUUGGCCAGUUGUAUAUUGUUAAUAAGAAAUGAACAAAGUUUACUACAACAAAUCAAUAAUCUUCCAUCAGAUUUAAAAUUAAUUUCAUUACAUAUUGGAGAAUUUAUUCAAUAUGCUAUAAAUAAUGCUUAUACUCUGACAACUAUUCAUAUCCACAAUGAUGCAUUACGUCAGUCACCUGAUAAAAGUCGAUUAAAGCAAUUUGUUCAAAGUAUUAAAUAUUUUAUAGCUGAAUUAACUACUUGUUUAACUACUGAUUUAUGUGAUGCAAGUAGUAUUAAUGUUGCCGGUUUAAAUUUAUUACCAAGAAGACAAGAAAAUCAAGAAAAGAAUUUAACUUUAAUUCAAUUGAAAGCGAUUGAAAUAAAAUCAAAUAUGACGCUGAAUAAUUUUGAUUCCGUUUUUCAAAAAUAUAUAAAUUUAAACAAUGUGGCUAGAUCAAUGAACAAUGAAGUGAUUAGAAGAAUUGAACAUUCAUGGUAUGAAUAUCGACAGAGUUUAUCGCCUUUUAUCUUUCCAUUCACCUCUUCAAAUGUACAUAAUGAUAACAUCAAAAGUAAUAAUAAUAUGAACUCAACAGCACUAAUAUCCUCAAAUUGGUGGUACACUUCUCCUAUUAUACAGGAAACUAAAAAUACUUUGUGUAACAGUUCAACUGUUUCACAACUUGUUGACUUUAAAUCAUGCAAAGACAUUGAUCAAUUUUUAAUAGAACUAAUAAACUAUUGUACACAUCUUCCGGUAACUUUACCAUUGAACAGUGUAUCAUCUGUUUUAAUCUAUGAUUUGAUACCGCAAGCAUUGAACAUUGAAAACCUGAUAAACGAUUGGUUACCAGUAGUUAAUAAUCUAUCUAGUAAUGGUGUUAACUUUUUGUUUGAAAUGUAUUUAAAACCAAAAAUUGUUGAAACUAAUCAAAAGAUUUCAAUUUAUGCUAGAGAAAAUCCACCGAGUGAAUUUAUUGAAACAUUGAACCAGCUUUUACGCUACAUUAGUAUUGGAAUGACUGUAUUUUUUAUCUUGCUUAUUCUGUUAUGUAUGAUUGCGCUUACUUUGUAUAUUCAUGUACUCAUCUCACGCGUACGAUAUAUGAAACAUCAAAAGCGACAAUAUAAUAGUUAUUUCAACAAACAUUCUCGCCUUGAAAUACAUCCGAAUAGAUCGGUAUGUUUACGUCUCACAGUGUGUACAGUUUCUGUGAUAAUUUUAUUAUUUAUAAUAUUUAGUCUAUCGUUUGUAUAUCUUUCUGUUAUAAGUAUACAAGAAGGUUGUACAUAUCUAACGCCGAAUAAUUUAGCACAAACCAAAGCUGAUGAAUUACUUACAAGUUAUUUGAAAACAGUGAUUUACAAUAUAAAACAGAUACACAACUUUUUAUUAAUUGAUAACAUAAAUUUACAAAUACCACAGAAUAUUUUAAAAACACUAAAUUCAGAAUAUGUACGUGGACAUUUACCAUUAUUGCAAAGUUUACGGAUUAAUCGACCGUUUAAUUUCACUGCUGCACUGAACUCCGAUUACACUAGUUCAAUGUUAAAAAGAAUUUGGUAUAAAGAGAUUAUAAGUAAAUGGAGUAAUUAUCAUUUGAAAUCAAAAAUUCCAUCUAUCAACUUAAAAGAGAUCUAUGAGAGCACAAAAGUCACCUUGAAAUUGGAGAAUUCCUUCGAUAGUUUAUAUGUUGGCAAUGUAACAGAGUAUUUCGUUGACCCAGGAAAGAAUUACUUCACGAUACUUCUGCGUAAUCUUCAGAAUAUAUCACAGUCUGAAAAUGAAAAUCUUAUUAAUUUUUACAAUAAACUAAAUCAUCUGUAUAAUGAAUAUUAUGAUGGUUAUAUGCUUGUUCAAAAGAACUUGGAAAUAAUUCAGGCGAAUAAAGCUAUUCUACAACCAUUGGAUGAUCUCGUCAAUAUUGGAUCCAGUAUGCUAGAGAAGAUUCAAAUAUUGUCCGACUCAAACCUUCAAAGUUUAAUUGAUCAAUUACUUCCUGUAUGUUGGUCUCAGUUAAAACCAAGUAUACAGCAGUACAUAAUCCCAUUCAUUUCAAAUCUACUCGACGAUAUGAUACCAUUUGAAGGAUUAAAUGAUAUUUAUGUACAGACUGUUGGUUCUGUUUGUCAGAAGGUGACUACUACUACUACUGUCACACAUGAUAAAGAUCCACAUCAUGGAAAUGCUAUACUGCCUGAAUUAAAAUUACUGGGGAUUGCAGCUUCAGCUGCAAGUUUUUCAUUGUUACUGGCAAUAUUUAUUUGUUCGCUUUUAUUGUAAUUAUUAAAGUAUCUUGAUAAUGUUAAUUUACUAUUUUUCUUUUUGGAUAUGGUUUUGUAUACUUUUUUUUCGGUUUGUUUUGUC